UCGAACUCGAAGUCCAACAAUCACCUGCCAUUCGGUUUUUUCUCCAAGGAAUUAAUAUAUUUAAUUUUUAUAAAAUAAAAUGACAUUAUACCACUUUGGAAAUUGUGUAGCACUUGUUUAUGUGCCCUAUUACCUCACCUAUAAAUAUUCUGGGCUCUCGGAAUAUGGAGCAUUUUGGAAAUGCAUACAGGCUGGAGGUAUUUACAUAUUCACGCAACUAUGUAAAAUGCUAGUGUUGGCUACCUUCUUCGAUUCCGAUACACUAAAUGGUUCUGGUGAAGGUUUCAGUUUCUUGGCGGAGUUUUUAAAAGGCAGUGUGAAUGUCGCUGACUUACUUGGCUUCGCUUUAAUACUUUCGCGCAUACCCGGCAAAGGACACAAUAAGUUAAUCACAACCGGCCUUGGGUGGGCCGCAGCAGAAGUGAUACUUUCGCGCGGAAUUAUGCUCUGGGUAGGUGCACGUGGCACCGAAUUUAGCUGGGUUUACAUACUUAAAUGUCUAGAGUCGAAUGUUUUAUUGGUGCAGCACAUUACUACCGCUACUCUAAUGUGGCUCUUCUCUCGACAUGAUCUAAACAAGACACUGAAACCAUUAGUGACAAUUCUGUUGGCGCUAACAAUCUUUAAAGGUGUUUGGCUGGAAGGUAUGCUAAGUGUGCUCACAUUUGGACCAUGGUCCACUAUUGCCGUGAAGGCGCUGAUAGCUUCCAUUAUGGGCUUUAUGUCACUGCAUGUUUACACCGGAUUAGCACAGCAAAUAGGCAUUUAAGCGAUUUCAAGGUGACCCGUUGCAAAGUAUACUAAUAAGUAGAAAUAUACUUAAAAUCUUACAAAGAAGAAAAAGAUUUUGUUCUAGCUAGAAAUUUAUAAUGUAGCUAAAAAGUUAACUACAUACCUUAGAUUAUAGGGGAAACAUUUUUGCAUAAUUAAAUGCCUUUAAAAUAUU